CUAGCGUAAAAAUAAUUUUAAAAAAUAAUUACUUGUUUGCUCAAGAUGCAGUUAUUUGAUUUAUUUAGCUUAUAUAUUUAACAAAACAAGUAAAAAUGAUUGCUUUCCUCGGCGCAGCUGUGACGUCACGCGACCGCUCGCGCCGCUCAUUCGAACCAUUUCAACGUCAAAUGUCGUAGCUGCUACUGGUAAUGUGCGUCGGCUUUCAUUAAUUUCGCCUUCGGGCAAGCAGCCCAUGCAAGUAAGAUGUCCAACAUCAAGGUAGCUGUCAGGCUGAGGCCUCCCAUUGAAAGGGAGAUAAACAGUGGCGAAAAGGCCAUCUGGAAGGCACAUGGCAACACUAUAUAUAUGGAAUCUGGAAAAAUCAACUCACUCCACACAUUCGACCAUGUUUUUGACUCUACGAGCACCAACCUUGAAGUUUAUCAAAAGUACUGCCACCCAAUUGUGGAGUCAGUUAUGCUGGGCUUCAAUGGGACCAUCUUUGCCUUUGGUCAAACAUCUUCUGGCAAGACGCACACAAUGAUGGGAAACAGCAGCCAGCCUGGCCUUAUCCCCCUGGCCAUAAAUGCUAUCUUCGACAUCAUCCAAAAUGAGCCAGAACGGGAGUACCUGUUACGAGUCUCCUACAUGGAAAUCUAUAACGAAAAUAUCCUAGACCUCUUGGACAACGGUGAUGGAAAGCACCUGCAGAUUAGAGACAAUGUGGAUGGCCAGCCUGUCAUUGUGGAUUUGACUGAAGUUCCUGUUGGCUCCAAGGAAGAAAUUGAGUCUGCAAUGAACAAUGGUGAACGCCGUCGCCACGUGGCCAGCACUGAAGCAAAUCAGAGGAGUUCCCGGUCCCAUUCAAUAUUCAGAAUGGUGAUUGAAAGCAGUAUCAGGGAUGGAACAGAUGGGGCCGUCGCCAUUGGCCAGUUGAACUUAGUAGACCUUGCGGGGUCAGAGCGCACAGAGCAAUGUGGGGACUUAGGAGAACGUUUUCGAGAGAGCACCCGCAUCAACGUCUCUCUCACAUUCCUCACGCAAGUCAUUUCCAAGCUCAGCCGAGGAGAAAGGGGUCACAUCAACUUCAGGGACUCCAAACUGACUCGCAUUCUUAGGAACUCGCUGGGUGGCAAUGCACAUACUGCCAUUGUGUGCACAGUCAACCCAUGCUGCUUGGAGCAGACACUUCGCACUCUCCAGUUUGCAAGCUCUGCAAAGAAGAUACAGAACACUCCCAAGGUGAAUGAGAUUGUGACCAAUGAUGCUCAGAUCCGCCGCUAUCACAUGCAAAUUGAAGAGCUCAAGGGUAAAGUGAGGGACUUGGAAGGAAGUACGCUGACUAAGACUCUGCAGGAGAAAAACAGCCAGAUUGACGAGCUCAAGAACCAGGUUCGGUCGUUGGAAAAGAAGCUGCUUGUCUCCACCCUCCCACAGUGCCGGAAGCAGCGUCGGGAGACAUGGGCUGCUCCAAGGAGGAUAGAUAACCCACCUGGAGCCCCGCAGCUCCCUCUGCCCUUCUUCAAUGCUUUGCCAGCUAGCAAAGCUGUGGAAAGUCCGGAGGUGUUUGAAGAACGGGGUCGGCUAUCAACUGUCAUAGAAGAAAGCGAGUCAUCGUUUCACGCCAUUUCCUAUGAUGACUUUGAAAAGCAACUUCAGAGAGAAGAGAGGAUUCGAAGGUCAGCUGUUCUUCACUCAACGGACAACACGCUGGGCUCUCUGAGUGCUUGCAGCAACACCGCGUGUGCUGAAAGGAUUGCAUUCCUGGAGAAUGAGCUCAGCAUUGUGAGAAAAGAAUACAAAGAGCUGGAAGAAAUGACUAGACUGGAACGUUUAAUGUGCACGACAUCUCGACGGCCCGCUUCAUCAGACAAGCUAGGUGAAACAGAAAGUGCAGCACCAAUCUUACCAUCUGAAUCCACACAGAAAUCCCCACUGCUUAUUUCAGCUGAAAAGACAGAUUGGGCACAGAGCACACCAAUCUCCCGUCUGAAUGAAUGCUGUGUCCAGACGCUAUUGGCUUCCAGGAAAAACCUGCCUUGUGCAAGUCGUAUGAGUGGUGCUUUCUUUAGCCCAUUGGCUGUCAGUUCUGCCCUGGCUGAACAUGACAGCUCAAAAGCCAGCCUACCUACCACUAGCCCAGAGGGUUGCCAGAAGGGGGAAUCUACACAAGGGUCAAGUUUGCAUACACCAAGAACUGUGCUAUGGUCAUCCCAACAUUCCCCAGCUGCCUGCAUCGAUAACACACCUGCUAGCCUAUCAGAAACUCGGCAAGGAGUCGAUCAAGAAGUGUCCAAGCCCUCGUGCUCUGCCAAAGCCACACAAACUGACGACAUUCAGUGCCUGCAGGCACCUUGGCACAUACAAACACUGUCCAUUAAGACAGAAGACAGUGGCAUCUUCCAGCAAGUUCAAGUGCCCACAGUAGAUGCAAUGUGCCAGACUGACUCUGAGGAUGUGGGAGAAGCAUCAAGGCCUCUAAUGAUUGAGCUGUCUGGAAAUAAUGCUGCCGUGCAUCUAAAUGACUUUACAUUAGAUGUUAAUUACCACAAAAGAACUCUCACGAAGCCUUCAGGAAUCCAGCCCUCUGAUUUGUGUUGCAAUAUAGUUGAAGGACAGUUGGGAAGACCGGAACUUACAGAUGCAGCAGUCUCUUGCCACCUCUACUUCGAACAGCUUGUUGAAUGCCACGUUCAGACUGAGCCUUGUGCAACGGUAUGCAGUGCCAUGGAGGUGGCCAAGCAGGAGGCAGAAUAUGUGUUUACUGGUGUUGGCGAUCAGGUGUCUCCUGUUAAAAUUUCUUCUGUACAGAGUUGUGGUGUUCAAACCUUUGUGGAUGCAAAGGACCAUGAAUCGCAAGUGAACACAUCUUUGGCUGACAACUACAGAGCAGAUUUCGGAACCCAGGCAGUGAUGGUGAUGCCAAGCGGCAUUUGCUGUGGUGUUCAAGCCAUUCCAGACGUUGAGGACUAUGCUUCACAAGUGGAUGUGCAAUUCACCAGGAAUGGAGCAACAGACUGUGCUGUGCAGUGCGAGUUGCUACCACCAGAUGAUGACAUAAAAACACCAGCUCCUAAUGCUGUAGAUUGUGAAGUGCAGGCCACAUUACUGGUACAAGAGUGUGCAACACAGACAGAACAGUGCCUUUUGCAUUGUGAUCUCAGAGAUAGCGAUGUGCAGGUUUCACCAUCUAUGCGAGACAGUGCGGUGCAAGUUGAACAACCUUCUAGAAGCAACAUGCUACACUGUAGUGUGCAGACUACAUUGCGGUCUUUUUGUGAUAGCUCUACACAACCAGAGUGCCAAGUCCCUCGAGCUGUAGGAGUUACCUGUGAGGUGCAAGCUGUACCAGUGACGAGAAGCUGUGCAUCACAGGUGAAUGCAUCCCUGACGUCGCAGGUCACACCUGUUUCGAAAUCGGCUACUACUCCUUUUGCCACAGGUGGCAGUAGCCAGUUCAGGAUGUUCUCCGUCAAAAGCAUUCUAGCAGAUAGGCCUAAAAAUUCGAUGCCUUUAGAUGCUUCGGCAUCCAAUUCAGCAAGUGGAAGCGCAAUACGUCAGCAGUUCGGCUAUCCUGGCGGUGAUAUCCUGGCGGCUCUCCAGGCCAGUCAGCGUAAAUUUAACAAAGAUCGGGAAGGCGGUGAGUUGUCAUCAUCUGGUCACCAAAAGGUUGUAGACCCGACCGCUCCAGCACAGUCAACUCCAGUCUUGGGAAGGAAAACCUGGCUUCAACAAAGUAAAAUGGUCAGAGUAUCUGUUGCUGUCCAGGUAGACAUCUGGAGUGUGCAAGAAAUGCAAGAACUUCAUCAGGAAAGGAGGAGCAUGCAGCUUCGCAUAGAAAAAUACAAAAAAGCAAAUCAAGAGUGGGCGUCCCAGUACAAGCUUCGGCAGAAGGCUGCCAAGAAGCGAGAGAUAGAGCUUAACGCUAUAAUCCGCCAGCUGACAAACAAGGAUGCUGAAACCUCAGUAGUGGCUGCCUGUGGAAGUCGGGUUGCAGCAGGAACUUCGGCAGGAGGCGAGGCCCUCCAGAAACCAGGGGCGCCAGCCAAGCCACUGGCCACCGAGUCAUCCGCAUCUCUGGCUCAGCAGCUCAAGGCCAUGACUCCCCGUUCACGGGAGGGCGCACGACUCAUCUACUUUGGUCGGAGUCUGAAGGAACAGGCCAUUGCUGAGGAGGUGCAGGUUGCACAGCUUAGGGCCUCCGCUGCCUCCAAAACCCAACGGCUGGCAUCUGCAGAGAGAAGGCAUCGGGCCUGGGCCGAGCUAAGUUCACGUACGGGAAAUGCUGAGCCAAGAAGCCCGUUAAAGGAAGCCAACCAGAAGAGUCACAGUUCUGCAGAAAGUGCCAAAGAGGAAAUACUGGACGAGAUGGCGUAUUGGCCACCAAUGAAAUUUUUAAUGGCCGACAAAGAGAAUGAAGACUCAGAUGAAGACUCACCAUAGUGAUUGUAGUUGCCCUGUACAAAGGGUGUACUUACCCUGCUGGUACCUGCGUGAUUUUAAUUAGUUUUGGCUUUUCACUUCUGGAUUCAGAUGACAUUUAUUCCUGCGUGAUUUUAAUUAGUUUUAGCUUUUGA